AUGAAGGGAGUCUGUCACCUGCACCUCAAUUUCCGCCUUGAGAUGCAGACGAGCAUACUCUUACUCACGGACACCUCUUCCGAAGGCACUUUUGUGAAAAGUGCUGAUAGCUCCCGCAUCCGUCGUCUCAAGCGCGCAACAUGGCCACUUUUGCAGUCCAGUCAAGUCUCCCUUGGCAGAAAGCAUUCUUUGAAGUUUAACCUAGUAGUGCCGGAUUUCACGAGAACGGUUUUCUUCCCUGUUCUUCACGAGAAAUACCUCAGGUCUGUUGGAUCGUCGCCCGCAAACCUGAACGGACACGCCCUUGUAGUAGCCCGAAAACCCUCCAUUGUCGAUGACAGAUACAUCAAACUACACGCGGUCGGGAAAGGGCGGUUUGAGACGGUGAAUACUUGUUUAAGACUUGCAGAUGGUGUGCUGCUUGCGUUGAAAACAAUGGCACGUCAUGCGGGGUCGGUCGUUCUCAGCGAUCCACACAAUGCUCUCGUUACGGCAAGAGAGACGAUGAUCUUGAGCCGGAUCAAGCACCCGAACGUGGUGAACCUAGUGGAUCAUUUCGAGACGCAGGCUGCAAGCUAUAUCUGUACGGAUUUCGUGCCGGCCGGAAGUCUGACGACCCUCCUUUCUGAUCCAGCGCCGAGCGCAAACCGCUUGCACAUCGCCCGGACGUUCCUAAGGCAGACGUUGCGGGUAGUCAGUCAUCUUCAUCAGCGCAACAUUUGUCAUGGCCGAAUUGCAGCUGAAAGCGUUCUGAUCCAGUCAAAACAGCCUUUCAAUUUCAAAAUGUGCAACUUUGGUCAAGCAAGACAGCUUGAAGCACCAGAACCUGCUGGUUCGGGCACAUUUUUUGGCGAUCAGGGCAGCGAGACGUCAUCUCGUGAGCGGGAUAUUCAUGGCGUGGCGAUGCUUGCCAUGCGUCUGCUUGGCGUAAUGCCAAACGACGAUAACGACGAUCUCGAGAUGGCGAGGCAGCUAGCGCUGACUCCACAGAUCCAGUCCCAGCCGUAUGGGCGAUUGUUGCAGGCCAUGACCCAAAGUCACAUCAAGUCAACGACGCAUGCGCGGGAUUGCUUGAAGGAUUCCUGGCUGCUGGAUGUCUCGAGCACGAAACGCCGCCUCUCCGCGGUAGAAGCGGUUGAAGUUCGCCCGGCAAAGCGUGCGAAAACCCAAGCAGCAGAUACCAUCUCUGCAAACGACAGCGUCCAUGGUGGCUCUAUAGCCCCCAGAGUCAUUCGGCCAAGUCAUUUCACCCGUGAGGAACUCGGUCUCUCCUCGCAGUUUCAAAGGCUCACAAUUCACCCCGCCGAGCGCGCCAUGAUCCGCACAGGAAGAACUGUCCCUAGAGCCGAGGAGGCUUGCUCACAUUUGCUCCUCGGAUCUUGCCCCGGUGGUGCAUAA